AUGGAGGAGUCCACUGUGUUCCUCUGCAAAGGGUGUACUCCUUGGCAGGGUCUUCUGCUCACAGUCUCCCUUUUAAGCUCCUGGCAUCUGUCCACAAAUGCCCAUAUGACUAUUGAAAAAGUGCCAACCCUAGUUGCUGAAGGAGAUGAUGUCCUUUUCCAUGUCAAUGAUCUGCCAGAGGAUAUUACAACCAUAGCCUGGUUCAAAGGUCUAAGAAAUACAACACAAGGAAUUGGAGCAUAUGCACCGCACUUAAAUUUGAGUAGGCCAGGUCCUAUGUACAGUGGUAGAGAGACAAUAUAUCGCAAUGGAUCCCUGCUGAUAAAAAAUGUCAACCCGAUGGACACUGGAUUCUAUACCCUACGAACUUAUAGUCAUGGAACUAUGAUAUCAAUAACAUCCGCGUACCUCCAAGUGUACGCUUUCAUUUGGAAGUGUGGGCGCCUUGCUACCUCUUCACAGUCCACCAUUGAAUCACUGCCACCCAGCGUUGCUGAAGGGAGAAAUGUUCUUCUACUUGUUCGUAACCCUCCAGAAAAUAUUGUAGAGUUUGUCUGGUUCAAAGGAGUGGUUGACUUCAAGAACAUUUUGGGUAUUCGAAAUAUAGCAGACAGGAAACCAACUGUGUGGGGACCUGCAUACAGUGGUAGGGAGAGGCUGUACAGUGAUGGAUCCCUGCUGCUUCGUGGUGUCACUCAGAAAGACCGUGGAUUGUACACACUACGAAUCCUGAGAGCAGAUACAGGAAAUGAAGAAGCAUUAGUGCAACUCCAGGUGGAGAGUAAGUGA